CCCGCCCCAUUCUCCCGCUUUCCAUCACCCCGCCCCAUUCUCCCUCUUUCCAUCACCCUGCCCCAUUCUCCCCCUUUCCAUCACCCCGCCCCAUUCUCCCUCUUUCCAUCAGCCCGCCCCAUUCUCCCGCUUUCCAUCACCCCGCUCCAUUCUCCCGCUUUCCAUCACCCCGCCCAAUUCUCCCUCUUUCCAUCACCCCUCCCCAAUCUCCCUCUCUCUAUCACCCCACCCAAUUCUGUUAUAG